AUGCCUGUCUUCACGGACCAUUCUUCUUCAUCUCGGAAUUUGAGAGUCUUGCCAUCCUUUGCUCCGCCCUUACCUCGUCUCUCCCCUCAAUUUAAGCCUCAUAAUGGCGUUGACGAGAAAUAUGAAGUAGUAAUUGUCGGACAUCCGCAGGCCGGACCAGCAGGAUUGAUGCUAAAUCUCCUCUUAUCUCGCUACGGACUCAGCGACACCUCCCUCCUUUGCAUUGAUCGCAAGCCCAGCACUCUCAAAUCCGGCCAGGCAGACGGUGUCCAGCCACGAACAUUGGAAGUAUUCAAGAUGCUCGGCAUCUCUGACGAAAUCGAGAAUGAAGCAUGUCACAUGUGGCAAUUCGCAUUCUGGAAUCCCUCAGAGGACAAAGACAAAAUCAUCGAGCGGACAGCAGUCGUACCGGAAGUCCUUGCGCCCUCCAGAUUCGGCUACGAAGCCACCAUUCACCAGGGGCGUAUCGAGCGGAUCAUGGAAACUGAUCUAUUGCGGUACUCGGAGAGAGGUGUCCUGCGCAAUACGCGACUGGUCGAUGUACGCAUUGACGAAGAGUCUGAUCCAGAAUUUCCGGUGGUUGUAACCAUGAACACAAACGGCGAGGAGAAAGUCAUUCGUACUAAGCACCUUGUCGGCGCAGAUGGUGCGCAUUCUAUUGUCCGUCAGUGUAUGGGUCUACGUCUCGAUGGAGAAUCUCUCGAUCAUAUCUGGGGCGUGAUCGAUUUGGUGGCUGAUACCGAUUUCCCGGAUAUUCGCCGUCGCUGUGCGAUUCAUUCUCCUGCUGGCUCGGUGAUGGUUAUCCCGCGAGAGAGGAUUUCUACGGGCGCGUAUCUCACUCGGCUCUAUGUUCAUGUCCCCGAGACCGUGGUUCCAGAUAGUGAUCAGGUUUUGGAUGGGAAUGAUGAUGUCAAAGCUGAUGAUGCGCGACAGCGGAGAAGCAAAAUUACGCAGGAGGGUAUUUUGCAACAGGCGGCAAACGCGAUGAAGCCUUAUUAUAUUCGCCCGAAAGAUGGGGUGGUUGAUUGGUGGGCUGCUUAUCAGAUCGGUCAACGUGUCUCGCCGCAGUUUAUUGUGAAUGACUCCAUGAGUGUUGCAAGGGUAUUCAUCGUCGGUGAUGCCUGCCAUACUCAUAGCCCUAAAGCCGGCCAAGGAAUGAACGUCUCCAUGAUGGACUCCUACAAUCUCGCAUGGAAGCUCAUGUACCAUCUCAACGGUCUCGCACCAGAGCCAACAGCAACAGGAACACCAACACCCCUCCUUGACUCCUACCAAACCGAGAGACACCAAAUCGCCCAGCAAUUAAUCGACUUUGACCGGAAGUUCUCAACCAUGUUCUCCGGCAAAAUGGGUGCCACUGAGGGCCUUACCCAGGAAGAGUUCCAGCAGGCCUUUAAGCUAGGUAAUGGGUUCACCAGUGGCUGUGGUGUGGAAUAUCCCGAGAGUACGGUCGUUCUCCGUGAUGAUUUGGAAGAUUCGACGAGUCCUGUAAAGGGCACGGAUUAUCUAUCUGGAAUUCUUCGGCCAGGUCGGAGAUUAUUGGAUGUUCGGGUUUUGCGACACGCUGAUGGUGCACAGCGGCAUAUCCAUGACGAUAUUCCUUCAACGGGUAGAUUCCGCAUUCUGUGUCUGGCGUCAACUGACCUUUUGGAUCGGCAAAGUGUUUCUGCGCUGGCACUGGAUUCACUCGAUCGUCUGAUGGCCGAAUUCCCUGCAUCAGUUAUUGAGUUGAUUGUGUUACAUCCCAAGCUCCACCGGCAGUUUGAGUGGGAGGAUGUCUCCGCUUGUAUUAAGCAGCGAGCGGAGAUGCGCUUCCAUGAUGGGUCGGCUUUGGAUGAUGCCUAUGCGAUUUACGGCGUGGAUCCUGCAGGUGGUGCUUUGGCUGUGAUUAGGCCUGAUGGAUAUGUCGGGGUUGUUGCGCGUCUUGGUGAUGCUGCUAGGGUGGAGGAGUAUCUCAAGCGAUGCAUCAGAACGGUUUCUCGGAAAUAA